UAAAACUUUUGAACUGUAGUUUGUGUGCGUACACAGGAAAAAUGAGUUUAUUAAAUUUGUUCACAAUGUGCACAUUAAUUUUAUGCCUAAUAAUAUGAUAAACAAUUAUAAGACAAGUCACAGAAUUUUGUUUUACUGUUUUAUUUUAUUUGAAUGGUAUCUGCUAACUGAAAAGCAAUACAAUGAUUCAGAAUCAGAUUUAAUUAUACAUAUAUUUGAAUUGAGACUUUGAUAAUCUGGUAUUUUCUGAUAUUUUUGUUUUUGCUAUGAGAAGUUCUGAAUGGUUACUUAAAUUAGUAGUCAAACUGGCUGGUUAGUGAAUAUGGAUACACGUGUUCUAAUUUACAGAGUGAUGAUGUGAACAUGAGUUAAUGCAACAUUUCCAGGAAAUCUUAACAAAAUAUUAAUAGUUAUAUAUAGGAUAAUAUUUUAAAUGACAGCCAGUGUUAAUAUAAACAAUCUAUUCAAUGUAGGCUACUAAACCUCAAUAUUUUUUGGUAGAGUAACAUAUUAUUCAAAAUAAAUCCAUAACAAAUAAAAAAUUUAAUUACAAUGUGCAAAACAGCACCGUUUCAUUAACAGUUCCAGUUGUAGGCUAUGUUUUAAUUGUACACUGAAUGUGUUGAUGCGACCUGUGAUGACGAGCUUCCGUGGGUCACACCAGCACAACAUCUGUCAGUGUGGCGAAAAAAAAAUCCUAGUUUUAUUUAUAGUAGUAUUACUUGUAUUUAGUAUCAGGUCAGGUUGCUAAUUAGAUGCGUCUGAGCCUUUCCCAUCGUUCACUUAAGGAGCCGGUCAUUCACGAACACCACUAGAGAGAUGUGUGGCUUUGUCCGUCGUUUGCGUGGGAAAAAGACGUAUUCUAUUCGUGAAUCAACAGCGGCGUUACGGGCAGCACCGGCCCAAUAGAGCUGAAUAGAUUAUACCAUGAGAGACUGGAGGAGGUCAGGCUGCCUCCGACAUAAUAAAUUCAUUUUUGAAUGGCCGCGACAAAUUCAUCUCUAACUAGCUGCACUAAAAUUGCACACACUUUUGUGGUUUGCAACGGCCACUUAUGUUAAUUGUUAAUUUUUCGCAAAACUGUCAUAUUUGGACGAUGAGACUCCCCUAUGUUUUAACAGAAAUACUCACCCGGAGUGUAAUAAGCGCCUCGACGCGGCAUAAUAUAUACGGAUAAAGCAUUUAUCAUCAUUUUUCAUUGAAAACAUGUCUGUUACAUUUUCAUCUGUCCGUCCGAGGGGGAAAGCAGAGGUCACCCAACAAACCAUUCAGAAGAUGCUGGAUGAAAACCAUCAUCUGAUACAGUGCAUUAUGGACUAUCAGAGCAAAGGGAAAACAACUGAAUGUACACAGUAUCAGCAGAUAUUGCACAGAAACUUGGUCUACCUAGCAACAAUAGCAGACUCUAAUCAGAAUAUGCAGUCUCUGCUACCAGCGCCUCCCAACCCCAAUAUAAACAUAGGUCCAGGUGGGAUGAGUCAGGGUGGUGGAGGUCAGUCUCUUCACUCUCAAACUAAUAUGAAUGAUAGUAUGGGCACUGGCUUGCCACCCACCUCACUAAUGCAGAGCCAAAUGAACAAUGGCCCCAGCCACGCCCCCAUGCAGCAGCAGCCCACCAUAUCCAUGAGCCUGCCCCCCAGCAGCCAUGGCACGGGGCCUGGGUACAGCCACUCGGUGCCCUCCUCUCAGGGAGCUCCGCUCCAAGGUCAGGUGGCCUAUUCAUCUAUGGCCUCUCGUGCCAACCUCAACAUGCAGUCCAGCCAAGUUUCUGUAAUGCAUCAGCAAGGCACCGGACCCCAUUACUCGUCGAUCGGCGGGGGUCAACACUACCAGAGUCAGCAGACUGUUGGGAUGAUGGGACAGGGAAACCAGGGGAGCAGCAUGAUGCCACAGAGACCCAUGGGAAGUUAUCGUGCCCCACAGCAAGGAUCAGCCCCGCAGUUCAUGGGCCAGGAGGAAUUCUACGGAGAGCAGUAUGGACACACUCAGAGCUCCAGCGAGCCUGUUAGCCAACAGUUUUACUCAGAUGGUCAUGGAGAGUAUUCCUAUCAGCAGUCUUCUUAUGGGGAACAGAAUUAUGAGAGAUCCUUUGACGAGUCCUCACAACACUACUAUGAAGGAAACUCUCAGUACAGCCAACAGCAGACACAGUACCAACAAGGCUCUGGGCAGCACCAGACAUUAAGUCAACAGCAGUACCCAUCACAAGCAGCCUACAGCGCUCAGCCUCAGGGAUACGGUCCAGGGCAGGGCAGCUCAUCCCAAUAUCCUCAGUAUCAGCAGGGCCAGAGUCAGCAGUACCCAUCAUACCGCUCUAUACAGCCAGGACCAGCUGCUCAAUCUCAAAGACCCUACUCUUUUGAACAGGGUCAGUAUGGAAACUAUCAGCAAUAAGGAGACUGAGGAAGCACAGAUAUUUUUUUGUGGCAGUUCUUUGUGUACAAUCCUUUGUUAUGCUGAACGACAGGAAGACAGAGGAUUCCACACCAGCCCUUGCUCACAGGUUUGCUACAGAAUCAAAACCAAACACUAAAUCAUAACCGUUUUGAAUGAUAAAUACAAUUUUUGAAGGUCUGGAAUUAUUUUUUAAUCCUACUUUUAUCAUACAGGAUAUGUUAUUUUGUAUACCAGCACAACAAUGUCGCAGAUACCUUUGAUUAUUAUUAUUUAUUUUAUUUUUUUAACCUUGGAUUUAUUUUAUUGUUUGUCUGAAUGGAUGGAUGAAUGGAUAAAUGUUCAGAUAGCACAAAAUGAAAAUACUAAUCUACCACAGAUAUCCAUUUUUAUUUAUUUAUUUAUUUAUUUAUUUAUUUAUUUAUUUAUUUAUUUUUUAAAAUACUGGGAACAUAGUAAAAUUGCAGGUAAAUAUCCAAAGUUGAAAUUUACUCACAUAAUAUGUUGUAUAUAGAUUUCUUUAUUGGAAUCCUCAUACAUAUUUAUUUCUAAGUAUUGUACAAUGUUCUUUAACAGUUGCCGGUGUGGAGUUAUUCUCAUCAUGUUUUACGAGAUUAUAGUGUUUAGAAUAUAGACAUUUUCAUGCCUUAUUGUUGCUCUGACACUGUAUACUAUAUUAUAUGAUCAAACGUUAGGGUUAUUUAUGGACUCAAAUUUAAAAAACAUUUUGAUGGGGGUUAAAGGUGGAUUCACCCCUAAGGGGACAGCACACCCAAAAAAUGUGGCAAACUGACAUUAAAGAUAGUUUUCACUGGCUGUCAAACAGCUUUUAUACCAUAUUGCACAAAUAAUCUGUGACAAUUAAUUCAGUAAAAAUGAUUGUUUAUCUGUAAUUUGAAUAUUGAUAUCAAGUAUGCAUAUAUGUAGUAUACUGGAUGAUAUGAAUGAUAUGAAAACAUCAAGUUAUCACAAUUGUAAAGACAUCUGUGAUCAUCAACAAAUAUCUUACAUCUCCAUCUUUACUGUUCUGUAUUGCUUGUAAUAUAUGGACCAUUUUUUUUAAAAUUGAUAAAUAUGAAAAAUAAAUCAAAUUUCAUCUCUA